CUUGUUCCAAAGCACUUUGAUAGCGCAACUCAACCAAGAACAACAACCUCCCGGUAUCCCGUACACAACUACCCCUCCACCGCCACCGUUGCGGGCAUCCUCCAUUACCUUGUUUUGGCGCCAACGCCAACCCGCAGCCAUGGCGAGCUUCAAGAACCUCUACAGUAACAGGAAGCUUGAUCCAGGGUUCGAUUCCAACUUUAGUGUUGACUAUGUGAUUCCCUAUAAUAUUCCGGAAGAAGGAAAAGCCGAGGCCGAAGCCGGCUUUAUCCAGCUCAUCGAAGCCCUCGUCAAGGUCGGCCUCACCACCGAGGUCCGCAACGGCAGAGACCGGUCUCUCCUCAUAUUCGUCAAGGUCGCGUCCGAGAAGGUUUUGAGCGACCAGGUCUACUGGUCUCGCCUCAGCGACUGGCUGAACGGCGCUCGCACAGUUGGCCCGGACAAGGAUCUUGCAAGCUCGUUCCGCGAUGAGCCCGUGUCGGAGGCCGAACGGUUGCGUGUUGUCUACCUUCUCAUGACCAAGCCGAAGAACGAAGGUGGCGCCGGUAUCACCCCUGGUUCCGGUCUCUGGAAGAACGUCGACUCCAUCUUCCCCCUGCAUAACCACACCUUCAACCGAAACUGGAUCCAGAAGAUGAGCUCCAAAUACAUCAUCGAUGACACCAACCUCAAUGAGAUUCGGAACAGCUUCGGCGAGAGUAUCGCCUUCUACUUUGCCUUUAUGCAGUCCUACUUCAAGUUUCUCGUCUUCCCCGCCGCCGCAGGCUUCGCCACAUAUUCGCUGCUCGGUCAGUUUUCAUGGCUGUACACCGUCUUCGUCUCAUUAUGGUCCGUGGUUUUCUUCGAAUUUUGGAAGAGGAAAGAGGUCGACUUGGCAAUACAAUGGGGCGUCCGCGGCGUGUCCAACAUCCAGCAUCCGAGACCACAGUUCGAGUUUGAACACGAAGCCGAGGACCCGGUCACGGGAGAGAUGGUCAAGGUCUACUCGCCCUUCAAGCGCCUCGGCACUCAAUUGCUUCAGAUUCCCUUCGCCUUGGCUUGCAUCUUGGUCCUGGGAACGCUGAUCGCCACUUGCAACUCGUUGGAGAUCUUCAUUACUGAAGUGUACGACGGGCCGUUUAAGCAGUAUCUGACAUUCCUGCCUACGGUCAUUUUGGUGGUCAUGACCCCUACUUUCUCUACCGUGUUGCAAGCCUUUGCCGAACGCCUAACCCAAAUGGAGAACUAUGAGACGCUCGACGCCCAUCACGCUGCACUGGUCCAGAAGCAGUUUGUGCUUAACUUCAUCGUCUCUUACAUGGCCUUAUUCUUCACCGCCUUCGUUUACAUCCCUUUCGGAAAUUUCCUGGUCCCGUACCUAGACAUUUGGAGAGCCGCGGCGCAGAGGCUGACGCCCAGUGGCAAGGCGUUCGCGACGCAAGAGUUUGUAAUCAACCCGGCUCGCAUCAGCAACCAGAUGUUCUACUUCACCGUCACUGCUCAAGUCGUCAACCUCAUCACCGAAACAAUGCUGCCAUACGUCAAGCGCCAGGUUCUCAACGAGGCGAAGGAAGUGCAGUCCAAGAUCACCAACAACGGCCAGGGAAAGAAAAUCGAGGACCCCCCGGAGGAGGAAGCAUUCUUGAACCGCGUGCGAAGUGAGGUGGAGCUCGAGACGUACGACGUGACGAAUGACUACCGGGAGAUGGUCGUCCAGUUCGGGUACCUGUCGCUCUUCUCCGUGGCCUGGCCCCUCGCCGCGUGCUGUUUCCUGGUCAAUAAUUGGGUGGAGCUUCGAUCGGACGCGGUCAAGAUUGCCAUCACCAGCCGACGCCCUAUCCCAUGGCGGGCCGACUCGAUCGGACCGUGGCUGAACGCCCUGGGGUUCCUUUCCUGGCUCGGCACACUGACGAGCGCGGCCAUCGUGUCGCUCUGCAGCAGCAAGGACCCCAACGGGGCCGCAGGGUCGCUGACGGAUCACAAGGGGUGGGCGGUGCUGCUCAGCGUCUUCCUGGCGGAACACUUCUACUUGGCCGUGCAAAUGGCCGUCCGGGUCGUCAUGAGCAAGAUGAACAGCCCAGGGGUCCAAAAGGAGAGGAAGGAGCGAUUCUUGAUGAAGAAGAAGCUUCUCCAGGAGAAUCUCAACCAGGAGGUGGACGAGAAGGCUGCUGCCCCAGGUAUUGCCAAGACCGAGGAGAUCUCGAGAGCGGUACUGGAGGAGGAGGCACGGCAGGCAUCCAUUCGCGGACAAGGGCUUGCCGAUGAAAUGUGAGUAUAGUUCCCGAGUUUCGCGUUCCGAGUUCUUGUGUGGCGUGGCAGUUGAUGACAUUCGGCUAAUCGUGUGGUUCGCUCCGUCCUUUUCUUUGAUAUAGGUUCUGGCAGCGGCAACGUGGACUCG